AUGUCCCAGGACCAAGACAAGCUAGGAAGAAGUGAAAGAAACUCAAGUGAAUCUGAAGAUGACCAGCAGGACACCUUAGACAAUCCAGAACAGUCUGUCAGAAAGAAGAUUCGACAAAAUACACCAAGUCCAAGCAGAGGCAACAUGCCUCAAGCUAGCCCCCCUCAGUUUGUAUCGGUGGAGGAGCUGAUGGAAACAGCAAAGGGUGUAACAAACAUGGUAUUAGCCCACGAGAUUGUUGUCGAUAGAAGCUUCCAGAUUAAACCGGCAGAAUUACCAGAAAACAGCCUGGAAAAAAGAGUCAGAGAUAUUGUCCACAGAGCCUUUUGGGAAUGUCUGGAAGCCCAGUUAAAAGAAGACCCACCAUCGUAUGAUCAUGCAAUUAAACUCGUAGGAGAGAUCAAAGAGGCCCUUCUGUCUUUCUUGCUGCCUGGUCACACUAGAUUAAGAAAUCAGAUUACCGAAUCGCUAGAUCUGGAGCUGAUAAAACAGGAGGCGGAAAAUGGUGCCCUUGACAUUUCUAAGCUGGCAGAAUUCAUUAUUGGAAUGAUGGGGACCCUCUGCGCUCCAGCUAGAGAUGAAGAAAUUAAGAAGCUGAAAGAGAUUCAUGAAGUAGUUCCCCUUUUCAGAGCGAUUUUCUCUGUGUUGGACUUGAUGAAAAUGGACAUGGCCAACUUUGCUGUUAGCAGCAUCAGACCGCAUUUAAUGCAGCAGUCGGUGGAAUAUGAAAGGAAGAAGUUUCAGGAGCUGUACGAGAAACAGCCGAAUUCCCUGGAUUUUGUCACUGAGUGGCUGCAAGAAGCUGCCGAUGACCUGAGGUCCAAAAUUCCGCCGGCUGUCAGUGAGGGGACUGCCUCUUCCCCUAGAACUCCCGUGCUGUGUCCUCUUGCCAUACAGAAUCACGCGUACCUUAAGCUCCUCAAGUGGGAUCAUCUGCGGAAACCAUUCCCAGAGACUGUGCUGAUGGACCAAACGCGCUUUCAGGAAAUGCAGUUGGAGCUGGGCCAGCUGGUCUUAACGGGCGCCGUUCUCUUGGUAACAUUCAAUGCAGCAGCCGCAGCCCUUUCGGGUUUGCCAGGCUUUACCGACAAGCUCAAAACCGCUAUCCGUGUGCUGCUGACUGGGCUACACCAUCCCUCCUUCAACUUGACUGAAGCUUUGGCUACCAUCAGCGAAAAGGUCUGUGCUGAAGUUAGCAGUUGUCUUUCCCAGCAUGGAUUCACACCGUUCACACUUGAAAAAGAGACCGUGCUGAAAGGACAGAUCCAGGCUCUGGCCAAUCCCGACAAUUCCAUAUGCAAACUGAUAGAUUCUAGAAGCCAGGUUUUUUUAGACAGCUACCUUGCUUCAGGUUAUCAGAAAUCCAUUCUUGCUAUUCCUGGUGGAUUAGGCCCUAUUCAGCAAGAGCUGGAGGAAAUUGCUGUCAAGUACGCUCGCCUUGUUAACUACAACAAGAUGGUCUUUAGUCCUUACUAUGAUGCGGUUCUCAGCAACAUACUGAAUAAAGAAGAACAAGGAAAACUGGAGGAUGAUUAA